ACGGUCACUUCCGUUUCCGGGUCAGACACUCCACUUCCGGCAACAGCAGAAAAUAAAAAACAAAAAAACAGAAGUUCGGGUAGAAAAGUGUGACCCUCUGAAAUUCACCUGUUGGAUCCACCUGUACAGAUCUGAUCCACCUGAGCAGGAGCCGCGUCACACAGCUUUGCUUUGUGUAGGUUUCCAUAGUAACCACAGGAUCCGCUGCUCGGCUGCGUUUUCGACAUGUUGAGGAGGAAACCGACUCGUCUGGAGCUGAAAAUCGAUGACACCGAGGAGUUUGAGAGCAUCAAGAAGGAGCUGGAGGCCAGGAAGCGCCAGCGGGACGAUGCAGAGACGGGGGGAGUGGGCGGGGCCUCAGUCAUAGCCGUAGACAUCAUCGGAGGCGGUACCUCAGCGUCCGCCUCUUCUUCGUCUGCUGCGUCGAGGGCGGAGCUUAUUAAUGAGCGAAUCGGAUACAAGCCCCACCCCAAACCGGCCACGCUGCCUGGACUCUUUGGAAGUUUACAGUUUUGAAUAAAGACGUCACAUGACCAAACC